AUGUUUUCAGGGUUCAUUACUUCUUUUUGUGCAACGCCAUCAACGAUGUUAACUAUUCUCGACUUGUCUAGUAAUUUACUAGCGGGGACACUUCCAGAUUGUUGGGGGAGAUUUCAAAGUUUAGUUAUUCUAAAUCUGGCAAAAAAUAAUUUAUCAGGUAGCAUACCCAAGUCAUUUGCCACUUUACAAGAAAUUGAGUCUAUUAAUUUAAAUAGCAACAACUUCUCGGGAACAUUACCAGCAUGGGUAGGCCAUAACUUGCGACAAUUGAUGGUGUUGCGUCUAGAGGCAAAUAAAUUCAAUGGAAACAUACCUACAAGCCUAUGUAAUCUUCUAUUUCUUCAAGUGUUAGAUCUCUCUAAAAAUAAUAUUAGUGGGAGAAUUCCAGUGUGUCUGAGUGGCAUAAUUGCUUUGUCAAAUACGACGUUUUCAAGACAGACAAUGGUUUAUCCAAUACAUGAUGUUGGGUUAACGGAUCCUGAUCCAAUUCAAAGUUUCAAUGACAAAGCCAUGUUGGAAUGGAAAGGGCAAAACCAAGAAUAUGAGGAAAAUCUAGGAUUUAUGACAAUCAUAGAUCUUUCUUGCAACCAAUUAAUAGGAGAGAUACCCAAAAGUAUAUCAAUACUUGCGGCAUUAGCUGGCUUGAAUCUCUCAAGAAAUAAUCUCACAGGUUUCAUUCCCUACAACAUUGGUCAUAUGAAAAUGUUGGAAUCACUUGACUUGUCAAGAAAUCAUCUUUAUGGAAGAAUGCCAGCAAGCUUUUCAAAUUUGACUUUUCUCAGUUACAUGGACUUGUCUUUCAACAACUUGUCAGGAAAAAUUCCACAAAGCACUCAGAUACAAACCUUUGAUGCCUCUGCCUAUAAAGGAAAUACUGGGCUUUGUGGUCCACCACUCCCAAAUCAUUGCCCAGGGGAUGCUGUUUCGCCAAAUGGAAGGGUAGAUAAAAACAGUGUUGAAGAAGAUGGAGACGAAGAUGAACUCAUAACCAUUGGUUUUUACAUCACCCUGGGGUUUGGAUUUUGUGUUGGAUUCUGGAGUGUUUGUGGAACUUUAAUUAUAAAAAGUUCAUGGAGACGUGCCUAUUUUCAGUUCUUCAACAACAUGAAUGACUGCAUAUGUGUGACACUCGUUGUCCUUAUGGCUCGAAUGAAAAGGAGAUUUCAAGUUCAAGAUUAA